AUGUUGCGGCUAACGCGUCUCUUUCGCGAGAUGGCUCCAGAGCUGCAGCUGGAGUACGUACCGUUGCUGUUCACACGGACCAUCCUUGGACCAAAUGGUGGUUUUGCCGGUGAGGAACGUCUUGUGAAACUCGAGAUGGCACGAAAAUACAUCGAGGAUGGUCACGCCGUGACGCCUACGGAGGAACUUCGACAAGGGCUUUGGUGUUUUAACCCUGACACAAAUCAAUAUGAUCGUUUUAUAGAGCGCAAUGAAGAGUUUCUGGACUUUGCCGCACGCAAGAGACAGUGGCUUGAUGUUUACUGGCGAGUAAACACAGGAUAUCUCUUGUUUGGACGACAGUCAUGGGGUCAAGGCUUUCUUAUCAACUGCCCACUGCGAAAAAGGGAUGUGGCACAGAAGCUUUGGGAGCAGUACAAAGUCCGUGUUGAUCCCAGACUCAUCGAAUUUCGUGAGAAGGACCGUCGUACGGGGAUUCAAGAUCUGGGCCACAACUGGUGUUGGCUGUAUUUGCCUGGAGCAGAGGAGUUGGGCAUUGAUCGGGAGGUCUAUGACAACAAGCGGGUGAAAGUACGAAUGCACAUACGCAAAAUGACAUCUUUUUACUCCCUUUACUGA